CCGCGUGUGCUUCAGAGAGAGAGAGAGGGAGCAGCAGCGUGGUGAGGUUGGGACAAACGUGGAGGUUUCCAACUUAGAGACAACUGAAAAUCUAGCAAAUAACUGAGCAGCUGCUAAAAUGCUCGUGUUAUUUGAGACCGCCGCUGGCUAUGCGAUAUUCAAGGUCCUCGAUGAAUCCAAGCUCCAGCAGGUGGACAGCCUGUAUAAGGAGUUUGAAACACCUGAAAAAGCAAAUAAAAUUGUGAAGCUGAAGCAUUUUGAGAAGUUUCAGGACACAACAGAGGCCUUAGCAGCUGCCACUGCGCUUGUUGAGGGAAAAAUCGGCAAGAGUUUGAAGAAAGUGCUGAAGAAGGUGGUCGCCAAGGAGGCUCAUGAGCAGCUGGCAGUCAGCGAUGCAAAACUCGGUGGAGUUAUCAAAGACAAACUGGACCUGAGCUGUGUCCAGAGCCCUGCAGUAGCAGAACUGAUGAGAUGCAUCAGGAGCCAGAUGGAGGGUCUCAUCACUGGACUCCCUCCCAGGGAGAUCAGUGCCAUGUCUCUGGGAUUGGCUCACAGUUUAUCACGCUACAAGCUGAAGUUCAGUCCGGACAAAGUGGACACGAUGAUUGUGCAGGCCAUUUCUCUUCUGGAUGACCUGGAUAAGGAGCUCAACAACUACAUUAUGCGCUGCAGAGAGUGGUACGGCUGGCACUUCCCUGAGCUGGGAAAAGUCAUCACAGACAACUUGGCUUACUGCAAAACCGUCCGCAUAAUCGGUGAUCGCACAAACGUGGCCAGCACCGAUCUGUCAGACACCCUCCCAGAGGAAAUUGAGGCCGAGGUUAAACUGGCUGCUGAGAUCUCCAUGGGAACAGAAGUCUCAGAGGAGGACAUCGGCAACAUCAGGCACCUGUGUGACCAGGUGAUUGAGAUUUCAGAAUACCGCGCUCAGCUGUACGACUACCUGAAGAAUCGAAUGAUGGCAAUCGCCCCCAACCUGACAGUAAUGGUGGGAGAGCUGGUCGGCGCCCGUCUCAUCUCGCACGCGGGUUCUCUACUGAAUCUGGCAAAGCAUCCGGCCUCCACAGUGCAGAUCCUCGGAGCUGAGAAAGCUCUGUUUAGAGCCCUGAAGACCCGCAAAGACACACCAAAGUACGGUCUCAUAUACCAUGCCUCUCUAGUGGGUCAGACCACUGCCAAGAACAAGGGCAAGAUUUCCAGAAUGCUGGCAGCUAAAGCAGCCCUGGCUAUUCGCUAUGACGCCCUGGGAGAGGACACGAAUGCAGAAAUGGGAGCAGAGAACCGUGCCAAGCUGGAGGCCAGGCUGCGGCAGCUGGAGGAGAAGGGAAUCCGAAGAAUCAGUGGAACGGGCAAAGCAAUGGCAAAGGCAGACAAAUAUCAGCACAAGAGCGAAGUAAAAGUUUACGAUCCAUCUGGAGAUUCUACUAUUCCCACCACCUCAAAGAAGAGGAAGUUUGAACAGAUGGAGGAGGAAGAGGAGGCUGAAGAGCCUGUAACACCUGUGGUCAAAUUCAAAAAGCCAAAAAAGGAACCAGUAACAGAAGAGGAAGAAGCAGAAACAUCAGCUGCAGCUGAGGAGACUCCCAAGAAAAAGAAGAAGAAAAAGAAGGACAAGAAAGCAGACGAUGAAACCCAGGAAACAAAAGAGGAAGAGGAAGAAGUAACAGAGUCAACAGAAAAGAAGAAAAAGAAGAAGAAAAAGAAGGUAAAGGAAGAGGAGGAAGAAGAAGACUAAGUGUCGAGAACGCGUGUAUAUAUUUUCUGUUUUAGUUUUUAUGCCAUUUUAGUUUUCUGUUAUGCAUUUAUAUUAAAAAUGGCAAUACUGUACUGGUUGUCUGUUUCUUGACAUCAGAAAAAAAAAAUCAUGUUUAAUAACAAAAUUAUAAUUGGAUCACCUUUUAUAACUGAGCGAGGUGAGGUUUGAAAUCCCACCGAGUGUGUUUCCAGUCAUAAAAUGAGUGAAAAAUGUAGAUCUAUUUUUUUUUAAAGAUGUUUAAUAAGCUUGUAACCUACUUUCCUGAUUUGAGUUUUUUUUUUUUGUUGAUCUUUAUUUGUGAACACAUCUGUAUCAGACGUAUCAAAUUCAGCACAGAGCAGUGAAUUUCUCCCAGUGACAAACCUUUUUAUCGUCUACGACUGUGAACGUCUGCCCUGGUGAAAUAAACAUUUUGCCGUAA